UGUCCCCUCCUGUAAACCAAAGAGGAAAGAGAGACACCGAGCAAGAGGCCCCGAUGGAGAGCCGGCCGGCGCGGCGGCGGGGCCCCGGGCUCCUGGGUCUGCUCCUGCUGCCCUGGACGCUGCCGCUCGCAGGAGGGCAGUCAGUGAUCCACAUUGGCCCUCCCAUUGUGGUCUCACUGGCCAACGAGCCUGUUUCCUUCGGCUGCAGAAUCACCCACCCGUACGCCCCCGAACUGCAGGACGUCAGAGUCCACUACUAUCGCGUGGACCUCCAGGGCCACAGGAGCUCUGAGAAGCAGACUGGCUGCCAACUCAACCCGGGAAAAGAGAACCAGACCUCCACCCAGGAGUGCCGGGUCACCCUCAAGCUGCCCAACUCAUCAGCCACCGGCACCUACUACUGCUCCAUCUCCUGGGCCGGCUCCAGAGUGAAAGGCAACGGCACCUUCAUCCUGGUCAGAGACAUGGGGUACCGGGAGCCCCCGCAGGACCCCCAGAAGCUCCUUCUCUGCUCCUUCACUGGCCUCCUGACUGUGCUGAGCAUCGUGGGCACGGCCCUGCUGCUCUGGAAGAAGAAACAGAUGCAGGCUCCACGGAAGCACCCCGCCCAGAAGUGCCCGGCCCCGAGCACCGCCAGUGGUCAGGAGCAGCCUCCUGCUGAAUCCAUCUACACAGCCCUGCAGCGCAGAGAAACCGAGGUCUACUCCUGCAUCCAGAACGAGGCCAGCAGCGCUCCCUUCACCCAGGGGCAUCUCUCCCAGGAGAAACUGCACAGAUUCAAGGAUGACAGUGAAUUUAACAUGGUCUAUGAAAAUCUCUAGGAUGAGCUCCCCCCACCCACAGGUCUUGCCCAGGAUCAGAGGCCCCGGGGCAGCCCCUCCCUCCAGAGGACCUGCUCUGUACCAGGAGUGAGGCCCCCGGGGUGCCCCAUCACCUCACCCCUACAGUCAAGGCCCUUCCUGCCUUGGCCUGCCUCCACCUCUUACUCUGUGCCCCAGCCAUACCCACUGAGUGUUCCACAUCUCCAGGCCUUUGCCCAAGCUCUUCCCUCUACCAGGCGGGCCCUUCCUCAGUCUUCAGGGGCUCUCUUGGACACCACCCACUACCCAAGGCCUCCUCACCCUCUCGAGACCCAAGGGCUCUCUUGGCGCCAGCCUGCACCACAGCUGCAAGGCUGACUGUGGGUUCCUCCAGAGGGACCUGGCAAGGGACCCUUGUCAGAGCUGUGUGCAGAGCAUGGCGGAGCGGAUGAAUAAAGGAGUAACCUUACAGACGCCCCCACCUCCCUACCU